CCUGUGGAAAGCAAUUAAGGUCCAGAGGGCAAGAGGAUCGUAUGCUAAGCCAGCCUUGGGGAAACUCAGCAGAUCAGCUGGCAGCCAGCACAGAGCAGGGUCUGGUAGCCUCGGAGAGGCAGAGUGCACCUGCUCACCUACCUGACGAGGAUGGGGAACAAGGGGACAGAGACACCUCUGCCCAAGCCACACACGAAAGGACGCCUCCGGCCCACACUGAUCCUGAGUACCCUAAGCGCAUCCUUUGGCUCAGCCUUCCAAUAUGGCUACAACAUCUCUGUGAUCAACACACCUCACAAGAUCUUCAAGUCGUUUUACAACGAGACGCACUUUGAGCGGUAUGGAACGUACAUGGACGAGACUUCGCUGCUGCUCCUGUGGUCCUGCACCGUCUCCAUGUUCCCUCUGGGAGGCUUGGUGGGGUCCUUGAUUGUUGGCCCAAUGGUCAAUAAGUGGGGCAGAAAAGGAACUCUGCUGAUCAACAAUGUCUUCGCUAUCACCCCUGCCAUCCUGAUGGGAGUCAGCAAAGUGGCCCAGGCUUUCGAGCUGAUCAUUUUGUCUCGAGUGCUGGUCGGAAUCUGUGCAGGAGUCUCCUACAGCGCUCUUCCCAUGUACCUGGGAGAACUGGCUCCCAAGAACCUGAGGGGCACCUUAGGAACAAUGACUGAAGUAUUCGUCAUCAUUGGAGUCCUCCUGGCGCAGAUCUUCAGUCUGCAGGCCAUCCUGGGCAAUACCACAGGUUGGCCUAUCCUCUUGGCUCUCACGGGGGUCCCGGCACUGAUACAGCUUCUCUCGCUGCCCUUCUUCCCCGAGAGCCCCCGUUACACACUGAUCGAGAAAGGAGACGAAGAGACAGCAAGACAAGUUCUAAGGAGGCUGCGAGGCAGCAACUACGACGUGGAGGCCGAGAUGGAAGAAAUGCGCGAGGAGGAGCGCAAGGAGCAAGCGGAGGGUCGCCUAUCGGUGCUCAACCUCUUCACCUUUCGGCCCUUGCGCUGGCAGCUGAUCUCUAUCAUCGUGCUCAUGGCGGGCCAGCAGCUGUCCGGGAUCAAUGCGAUCAACUACUAUGCAGAUGUCAUCUACACAUCGGUUGGCGUGGACCCCACCCAGUCCCAGUACGUGACAGUGGGCUCUGGCGUCAUCAACUUAGUGAUGACUAUCGUCUCGGCAGUCGUUGUAGAGCGUCUGGGGCGGCGGAUUCUCCUGCUGUCUGGCUAUGGCAUCUGUGGCUUGGCCUGUGUGGUGCUGACCGUGGCUCUCCUCCUCCAGAGCACGGUCCCUGAGCUGUCUUACCUCGGCAUCGUUUGUGUCUUCGCCUACAUCGUGGGACAUUCCAUAGGGCCCAGUCCUGUCCCCUCAGUGGUGAGGACAGAGAUCAUCCUGCAGUCCUCUCGGACGGCUGCGUUCACGGUAGAUGGAGCUGUGCACUGGUUCACCAACUUCAUCGUCGGUUUGGCAUUCCCAUCCAUCCAGGCGGCCAUCGGGGCCUACAGUUUCCUCAUCUUCGCUGCCCUCUGCCUCCUCACCGCUGUCUACAUCUUCGUGAUAAUUCCUGAGACCAAGGGCAAGACAUUUGUGGAGAUCAACUGUGCCUUCGCCAAGAGAAAUGGAGUGGAGCUUCCAGAAGAGAAAGGAGGAGCGACGGCCGAGCCUCACACACCCUCUCUGCCUGACCAGCAAACGUCCUUUUGAUGGCUCUGCAGCCCCACGUGGAAUCCAACUUCUUUCUUGGAGAAGGACACUUGGGGACCAGGCCUUCUGAGGCUCUGGUGUUCCCUUGGCAACUGGAAGACUUUGGAAGACACAGCACUGAUUUACUCGACAAGCGGUUAGUUUCCAAGACUAGCCAUGAGAGGGUGGUGUCGAUGAAUCGGAGUUGAUGCUCUGAUUCUACAUCAAUUCCAAAACUUACAUGAGGUAGGGAUGCAUUUUUUUUUCAAGCUAAGGCUUUACAAGUUCUGGGUCUUAGUUUCAUAUUACUAUAAUAAAAUAACUGGGCCAACUAGCUGAUUUAAAGAAAAAUGAUUUGGGCUCCUGUUUCUGAGGACUGGGCAGACCCCACAGCUUUGUAGCAGAGCAGACUGCUUACGACAUCAUGAUCCAGGAAGUGGAGAACUACAAAGUCCCCUUCCAGAACACAACACAGUAUUCUAAGAUCCCCUACUAGAUCCACCUCUCAGGAGUUCUGCUACCCCCCAACAGCCAGCGCCGUGGGCUGAAGACCAAGCUUCCAACACGUAAACCUUUGGGGACAUUCAUGCAAACCACAGUCUUCAGUGUGCUCUGGAAGGGUGGGAGACAGCUCAAUCCGUGACGCGCAUGCCAUGCAAGCCUAAGGAAUGGAGUCUGAUGUUGCACCUGCAUAAACGGCCAGGUGUGGUAUGUGCUUGUAAUCUCAGCAUGGGGAAGCAGAGACAGGAUUCCGGAAGCUCACUGGUCAGUCAGCCUAGCUUGAUCUGGGAGCCCGAGGUUCCAGCGGCAGACCCUAUCUUCAAAACCAAGGUGGACAGUGUCUGAGGAAAAAUGACAUCUAAGGUCAGCCUCUGACUUCCACAUGUGUGCACACACAAAUGCACAUGCACUUGCCCCUUCAUGAACCACACACACAUUUAAAAAAUAAAUCAAUGAUUGAUAUAGAGAUCUGAAUUCCAGUGUUUGGCUAACAAAUGAAAGGAAAUAAAGUCAAAAUUAUAGAUGUCACUACCUUCCCUACAAGGUGGCUCCCUCUCCCAUCUGUGACUGGAGAUCACAUAACUACCCUAGCCAGUGUUUCCAGCUGUAUACUAUAGAUCGUAGCGGCAGCUAAGCGAUGGAGCAAGACCUACAGCCACUGUUUAGUGUGUGUGUGAGUCUGCAGAGACCAGAAGAGGGUGUCAGAUCCCCCAACUGCCCAACACAGGUGCUGGAACAAACAGCAAUUUCUGUUCCUCACUGAUGAAAUGUCUCUCCAGCAUCCCUCCCCCAAGGCUCACCCAUACACAUGCACAGACACACUCACAAUGCUCAGACACACACAAUGCGCAGACACACACAAUGCACAGACACACACACAAUGCACAGACACACUCACAAU